AGACAAACCUUCUACUUUCACUUUAAAAACGUUACAAAAUAUUGACCCGUUUUUAACGUUUUAAUGCGGUACAGGCUUACGAUCUAGCGAUUACAUAUAUGAUACAUUUGUUCAUUCAUGUUUAUGCUGUCAGUCUCAGCUAACAAACUUCUAUUUGGCAGUACAUUAAUGGAUAUAUAAGGCACCUGACAAAUAUUCAGAAUGAGUGCUCAGUUUUUCACAGUUGUAUAAAAAAGAAAGAGAAAACCCAGUUAAAACAUGUCCUAUUUAAGAAAAACUCACAUAAUUGAAGGAUUUGGAGAUGAAGUGUUAUAUGGAAUUGGUGCAUUUCUAGGGAUUCUUGUACCAUUAGUUGUGUACAUUACCAACAGAAGUGGUGACGGUGUUCAAAAUAUACAUCCAGACAGCGAGGAAAAUGUGCGUUCCACACGAGAACGUGUACAAGCCUCCACAAGAGUUCACACGAACCCUGGAGAAACAGACUGUCCUGUGUGUCUAGGAAACACACGAUACGGAAUUGAAACAAACUGUGGACAUGUGUUUUGUGGUAUGUGCAUUACCACCUACUGGCAGCAUGGUACUUGGUUAGGAGCUGUUCGCUGUCCUGUCUGUAGGCAACAGGUAACUCUUCUUCUCCUACAUUUCACUGAGGAGGAACACAACCAAACAAGUGAAGAAAAGAGGGAGAUUCUGCACAAGAUUGCAGACUACAACCGACGGUUCUCGGGGGAACCCAGACCGUUGAUGGACUAUCUUCGAGACCUGCCUACUCUGCUUCGCCAUGCCUUCAGUGAAUUCUUCUCUGUUGGAGGCCUGAUAUGGAUGUUCCGAUUACGAGUAAUUGCAAUUUUCCUAGCAGCUCUGUUUUAUUUUAUUUCGCCUUUGGAUAUCAUCCCAGAAGCUGUGUUUGGAAUUCUGGGAUUUCUGGAUGACUUGUUUGUACUGCUGUUGUUAGCCAUUUAUAUCAGUAUUAUAUACAGAAAUUAUGUACAGACACGAGCCGAUGACAAUACUGGAAAUUAAACAAGGGGAGACAAUCAGACUAUUAUUGAGUGAUUACAAACUCUUUAUUGUGUUAUGCACGCGAUCUGUAUUCCUGUUUUAUGUUGUAUUAAUAAGCUCACUUGAGAGGAAACUUAAGUCGGGUUUUCUAAUUGAAAUUUGUCCAUCAUCUGUCUGUGAAUGUCUCAGAUUUUCAAAUUCUUUUUCAGAACUUCUGUGUCAAUUUUUGAUUGACAUAUGCUUCUAAGAGAAGAUAUUUUAGAAAUGAAUUUCAUUUUUGAAAAAUUGAUGAGGGUAUGAACUGUGAUGUAUCAUUCCAGCAUACUUCAUGAAGCGUUAUAAAAGUAUGCUGGAGUGGUUCAUUGUAGUUCAUUCUCCAGUGUAUUUUCAAAAAUGAAGUUUAUUUCUUAUUUUCAUUUAUGUCAGAAUUCCCUGCUAUAGAAAUAAACAUACUAUAUUUAUUAAGAUUAAUAUGCACAUUUUUAUACGCCCGUCUUUAGACGGGACGAUUAUGGUACAGCGAUGUCAGUCCGUCCGUUCGGGGUUUUCUCUUUAUAAUUUCAUUUCCCUUUCACAUAUCAUGCUGAAACUUGCUGUGUAGCUUCUUUGUGGGUCACUCUGGAUCAUAUUGCAAUUUUGAUCCAUUUCAACCUUUUUUCCAGGAGUUUUGCCCCUUUAUUUGGAAAUAAUUAUUAUAUGGAGGGUGCAUAAUUUGUCCACCCUACUCCUCCCACAGUUUUCAAGUGAGAGCCUUCUUAUUUUGUGGAGUGUUUGUAUGGGUAUUGAAGAUGUGCAUGUGGGAUGGAUUUUGAUUUUCUACCAUUUUUGAGAAAAUUACAGGUUGUUGAACUUAGUCUAUUUAGAAAUUAAUAUUCUAUGAAGGGUACAUAAUUUGUCUGCCCAACUCCUCCCACAGUUUUCAAGUGAGGACCUUCUUAUUUUGUGGAGUGUUUGUAUAGGUACUGAAGAUGUGCAUCUAAUGAAAUUUUUUUUUUUGAUUUUCUUCCAUUUUUGAAAAAAUUGCAGGUUGUUAAACUUGGUCCAUUUUGAGGAAAUCUCAAUUUUUAAGCCAAGACCAUUUGUUCAUAUGAAAGUUUGUCACAGCCUCAUGAUGGCUGAUACUACCUGAAGCAAAGUUAUACAAAUUAUAGCACAAGAAAAACACCCUAUGUAAGCAUUUCACGAGCGUAUUAUGUACUGUUUGCGGUACUCUUGUUCACAACUGCAACAGUACACAUUCAUAAGGAAAUGGCUAUCAUUACAAUUUGUAGAGAUAUCAAAGGCAAAAAUAUUGGAAACGUAAUACAUUACAGUGCUACUUGACUUGAGCAAUUACUGCUGCCAACAACCGGCCAUAUUUUGAUUUCAUCAAUCACUUUUAUUAAUCAAUUAUACAGUGUUUAUGUAUAACAACAUUGUCCACAGCUACCUCCUGCUCUACGUGACCUCUGACCUUUUUUAUACAGCAACUACACAACAGAUUACUCGCUACGUGUAACCAAGGUCAUUCAGGUGUGGCACCAAAAAUGCAUUGAAAAGGUCAAUUCCAUUUGUAUUAUUUUUACUGUUAGCUACAUUUGUAUGAAAAAUUCAAUUAAUAUGAGGUAAUGAUUCAUGUUUGCAGUUCAAAAUACUACAAAAAUGAUAAAUUGAUAGAAAGCAAAUAGUUGCUUCUGAUCUCAAAAUAUGAUCAUUAUAGUGUGAGUCCCUGACAGAGUGCAUUCACCGAUUGAUUUACAAUUUCAUUUUGAAUUGCAAAAUUACUGGGUUAGGAAUAAGGAAUUGUUAAUUUUCAUGUAAUGUAGAUUUAAAUGACCGUACUUGUUAUGGGUGUAAGGCCCUCUUGAAUAACAAUAAUUUUGAAGUUUAGUGUAUUUUGAUGAAGAGUGUGUGUGUGUGUAUAGAGAUUGUGAUAUAUUUAUGAUAUUUAUUGGGAAAAAAACAGUGGUGAAUUUGAGAUUAUUUGACAUCGCAUAUGUACAACUUCCCAAGAUAUUGAAAUCAUUCUUUUCCUUUACACAAAUAGAGAGCAACAACCUUAAUGACAUUCGUAUGUGUCGCAAGAAAUAACUUACAGUGUUGUUUUUUAUUUAAAUGAUGACUGGUAAUCAUACAUGUAUGUAAAUUGUAUUUUCUGAUGCCAUAUUUCAAGGAAUGGCAAAAAAUUGUUUGUAAUGUUAUCAUAGACUUGUUAUGCAACACUUGAUAAAGUCAGAAAAUCUC